GAAGCCGCCAUGGCUACCGACGGCCUCAGCCUCGGGAAGGCCUUCGCCGUCCUGCUCGGCGUCUCCUCCCCCGUGAUCAUCUUCGCGGGCUACCAGGCCUACCGCACCGGCCGCCUGGCGAGGGGUUGGCGGCGGCUGCGCGUCUGGGCGCUCGGCGGCGCCACGACCCUGGAGGAGGCGCUGGGCUACACCUGCGCCCUGUGCGGCGGGAGCUUGGACGCCCGCGAGGAGGUCCGCACGCUCUCCUGCGACCACGUCUUCCACCGCUGCGGGAGCGAGAAGUGCAAGAACGCCAUCGACGACUGGCUCCGCGAGAACCGCGUCGCCUGCCCGGCCUGCCGCAAGGUCGCUCUCCCCGUGUCGCCGUGGAAGGCGCCUCCCACAUCGGCGCCGUCGGCGUCGGAUUUGGAGGAUCCACUGGUGCGUCAGGUGCCGUCGCCAUCGGCUUCGUCUUCGGGGUCUCAGGAGCUGCCGCUGCCGCUCUCGACAAUGGCGUCGGGGGAGGACCCACCGCUGUCGUCGCCGGUGUCGGAGGAGUCACGGCCACAGUCGUCGUCGCCGUAG